AUGACACUUCAGGAUGGAAAAUAUUAUAAAGGAGAAUGGGAUAAUGAUGAGAGGUAUGGACAAGGAGAAUUUCAUUGGGGACCAGACUAAUAUUAUAUAGGUUAAUGGGUUGAAAAUGUAAGGGAAGGUACAGGAGAAUAUGUUGAAGAGGGUACUAAGUACAUAGGUAAUUGGGUAAGUGAUAAAAAACAUGGAUAAGGAAAAUAAAUUUAUCCUCUCUACACUUAUGAGGGGUCUUGGAUUGCUAAUUCUAGAGAAGGUUAAGGAACUGCUGUAUUCAAUAAUGGAUUGAAAUAUACAGGAUAAUGGAUGAAUGAUUGUAUCCAUGGACAAGGAAUAGUUGAAUACAAGGAUUAUAAGUAUAGUGGAGAUUGGUCAAGAAAUAGAAUGGAUGGCAAUGGUGUUUUUACUCAUGAUUUCUGUACAUAUACUGGAUAAUAUAGGAGUGGAGUCAGAGUUGGGGUUGGAACUUUUAAAGAUGGAGCUGGCAAUCUUAUUAAAUAGGAGUUUAGAAAUGGAGAUUUAGUUGAUAAUUCUGAAUGA